AUGACUAGAAUCGUUCUCGCCGGUGGCAGCGGCUUUAUAACUACCCACGUCCUUAAGACUCUCCUUAAGGGACGGUUCUGCUUUGAGGCUUCCGUCGCCUCCGAGCCCCCAUCCAAGGCCGUCAUCCAUAUAGCAAGCCAGUUUCACUUCAAUGUUGUCACGUCGUCUUUCGGUGCCAUGGUGACAAGCAAGACGUUCGACAAGAAGGCGGGUUGGGACUUUGUAGAGAGGGAGAAACCCUACUUUAUCAUCUCCACAAUCAACCCGCCCUGGUCUUUGGCCCAGCUCCCUAUCUGGGUAGACGUUCGAGAGGCGGCCUUGGCCCAUGUCCUAGCCGCUGAGACGGUUGAUGCGGCCAACAAGCGAUUCUUCGUCAUAGCCGGCUACUUUACGCCCCGUGAAGCUCAUCACUCUGUGUUGCCAAUCGAGUCGGCCAGGGGAGGUGAUAUACCCGAGGGUGACGUGUUCAAACCCGACAACAAGCGAAGCACCGAGAUCCUUGGUCUCAAGUACCGGUCUGUCGAGAAAUGUAUCGUAGAUAUCAUCCGGUUCAUCAAUUCGAUCGGACAGUAA